CACAGCGCAGGCGUACAUAUCGAGCGGCUGGGUCAGCUGACCGGAGGGGGCGAACCAACCUAUUUAGGCCGCGCGCCUCGGCCUCCGUUCCUCCGCCACCAUGGCCAGCCAGUCGCAGGGUAUCCAGCAGCUGUUGCAGGCGGAGAAGCGGGCCGCCGAGAAGGUGUCCGAGGCCCGCAAGCGAAAGAACCGGAGACUGAAACAGGCCAAAGAAGAGGCUCAGGCUGAAAUUGAACAGUACCGCCUGCAAAGGGAGAAGGAGUUCAAGGCAAAGGAAGCUGCGGCUCUGGGCUCUCAUGGCAGUUGUAGCACUGAAGUUGAGAAGGAGACCCAGGAGAAGAUGACCAUCCUUCAGACCUACUUCCGGCAGAACAGGGAUGAAGUCCUGGAUAACCUCUUGGCCUUUGUCUGUGACAUCCGGCCAGAAAUCCAUGAGAACUACCGCAUAAAUGGAUAGGGGAAGGAAAAAGAGGCACCUGUUCCAUGGACUGGCAUUCUAGAUGACUUCAUGGAAUAUGAAGCCUUAGCAAAGCUUGAGUUCUAUUUCUGUGAAAAGGCAUUAAGUUAUUUCUGUAUAUUAUAUAGUGGGUACCUUCACUUUUUGGAGAAUAGCAAAUCUAGCUGCUUUGUACAAACUUAGAGCCUAUCCAAAGAUUUCGUCUUUUUACCUUGUAUUUCUUAGAAAUUUAAUGGGUAUACAUUGUCUGUUUUCCUAUGCCUUUUAGCUCAAGCAACAUAUAUAUCAAUACUGACUUUUUCUUUCUUAGAUGUAGUAAGAAGACCUUUUUUUUUUUUUA